GUCACUGAGGUGUCAUAUUGGCGUCAGUGCAACACAAGGUGCUACCUAUCCCAGAUAUUUUAAUUCAUGUAGGUUAUAAUAACUCGUAUGAGCACAAAGCGAACGUAUAUCCAUCUGUUUGUCCGCCGGGGGGUGCCUCGGUGGAGACUCCAGGAUUCCUCUGAAGAGUGGCCCACUGCCUCAGCUUUUAAAUGGGUGAAUCAGGCUCACGGCGAUCAACUCUUGUUUCCCGCCUGCCAAUCUUCCGCCGCAGCAGCAGCAAGAGGCAGGAGUCCCUUCCCUCCUCUCCAUCUUCAGGCGGAGUGGGAAAUGGCGUCCACACCUCCUCGCCUUCCAGCACCAACUCCAGCUCCGGCAGCACUGGGAAACGGCGGAGCCUGUUCCGCACGCCGUCUCUCAGCUUCGCAAGUAAACGGAACAGCGAUCCACGUGUCCAGCCUAUCAACCUCAACCUCACACCGCCGCUGACACAGAGCACCGAUGCCAACGGAAAUAAUCAGCAGGCAAUCAGCACGUCGGUGUCAACAGGGUUCAGCGAUGGCGGCGGACGGCCCAAGUCACGCCACUCAUUUGGAUUUGGCAGCCACAAGCAAAAGAAAAUCACACGCUCUCAGACUGAGGACUUUGACAAGGCUUCAUCAUCGUCCUCUACGACCAAUCGAAAUGUGUUCAUCAACUGCAUCAGCAGCUCGGGAACCAACGAGGGCGAUGACUCCGGGAUCCUCGAUGACUACAGUGGCGGCAGUAACAACAACAGACGGUCAUCACGCCAGAAGAAACAGCUGCUUCCGAAGUCUUUCUCAGCUCACCAGCGCUUCUCCCGGACAUCUGAUCAUCACAGGCCCCCUGAAGUGAAGCUGGAGCCUCCCAGCACCACCGCUACCAUCACUCCAGGGGCAGGAGGGCUCACCCCAGGAUCCUGGCCUGGUGAACUUGGUGCUGGUGGUGAGAGCUCACUCCAGUCCCCUAUGAUAUCAGAGGAUCGAACCACAGCGAUCACUCCUUCCGAGUUCAUUCCAAUCACUGAAGACUCUGUAUCUGAAGUAGAUGCGCUGCCAGCUCCGAGCCCCGGAUCGGGUUCAGCACCAGAACCGGCCUCUACACCAGGGGUAGAUACGGAAGCUGCUCCACCCGAUCAUCCACCUGUUCCAGAAAACUUCAGCGUGGCUGUCUCUACCUCCCAGGUUUUCUUCACUCCUGCCCAAUCAAGCACUGAAAAACCCUUACUCCCAGACACCAGCACAGCCAACAACACGGACUACGAGACUGCCGUUUCCGUCUCGGAGCCUGAGACGGCCGUACCCUGCCUACCUCUGCGGGAACAGUCGCUGGAGGAAAGGAAGGAGAGGGAGGAGGAAAGGAAGGAAGCGAGGAAAGAGUUGUCAGCAGAGAAGAGGGAGGACUUGGACUUAGAGAGGAAGACAGGUUACCACACAGAGACCACAAGUGAGAGCGAGGUGUGCGUCGUACGCAGUGAGGGCUGCCACUCUAACCCUGAGCAGUCAGAGAGGAGGGCAAGAACCACGCGAUCUUUUCAAGAAAGAGGAAGCUUCUGCGGCUGCCACGAACCCAGACCCUCUCACUUGAGGAAACCACACACAGCCUCACUGUGCAGCAGUGCCAGCCCCUACCACGAGGUGAUGCGGAUGGAAAGACGUCUGCGCUCCUCGUCCGAGGGGGCUGGUGGUCCUCGUAUCCAUGGAAACCACAGAGAAGCCCCCGGCAUGGAGGGAUGUGGUCUGCUCAAACACAGAAACAACUCCUCAUCGUCUAAACUCGGGAGCCUGGAUGUUCUGAACAACCUGGGUUCGUCUGAGCUGGAUGAAGACGACCUCAUGUUAGAUCUGGAUCUCUCCGAUGAUCAGCGACAUCGACACGUGUCCAGAGAAGACUCCAGCCAGUCUCUAGCUUCCUGUCUGAACCUGCUGCCCUCACCUUUGGACCCAUCUGGAGAUCGCGUUUUGGGAAAAGAAAAUAUUCAGAGGGAACCCUGCCGUCCAACCAGCCUGCUGCCUGCUGAGUGGAGCGCCGGGUUGGGCAUGGGGAAGGAAGAUGACCCUUUACCUCUGGGACUGGAAACCCUACCACUAAGACUCAUGCAGCAGGAGUGCACUGCUGUCAAAACCCUGCUUCUAAGGCUGAGACGGACACUGCAGGAGAGCACAGAGACAAGUCCUGCCAGCAGCCUUCAGUCUCUACCCAUCAGCCCUUGCAGUGAAAAAUCUCUUCCGUUUAAGGAUCCCAGCAGAGAGGAAGCCUUGCUGCAACAACUGAGAGAGAAAGAUGAGCUGAUUAUGAAACUCCAGAGCGAACUGGAGAGUGCCAAAGCUGCCCUGAAGAUGAAAGACUGCCAAAUGACUGACCGCACAACACAGACUGAACACAUGGGGCCAGAGAUCAAUCAUCCAGGCCGGUGGUCAGGACUCGGCAACAGCAGCAGCACCAGUCUGGCCCCAAGGGACCGAAGGGUGGUGCGGGGUGCACUCGUAGGGGACCUCUCUAACCAGCACUUCCCACAACACUAUCCACCUCUGCAUAGCCGGCCUUCUGCUUCUGAGCGGCACACUGCCAGGGAGGAGCGCCAUCACCAGGGGGUCUUGGCACAGUCGGUGGCCCGUAACCCUGUUCUAAACCUGGCUCCAGGCUCCUCUAACCUGUCCUCUGCCACUUCUGCAGCGUCGGCCCAAAGCUCGUCUACCACACCAGCCCAGCUCCAAGUUUCACACCUGGGCCUCAGUCAGAAUCAAUGCCCAGUGUCCAAUUCGGUGGCCAGUACUCAUUCUCCAGUUACAUCACUGUCCUCCAAGCUACUGGAGGGGGUAUCCUCUUCUUCUGCAGAGUCCUUAACUCCAGGAGGAGGAGGAGGAGCAAGUCUGCCAGGUGGAGGGAGGAGAGGAGGAGGAGCAGGAGGAGGAGGAGGAGAUCACCAUCCCCCCAGCCAGAUCCCUCGUGCAGUCGGGGCCAGUGCUUCUUCAAGUCUCCACAGUCUUGUGAGCAGAGGGAGCCCCUCUGCUAGCAUCUCUUCAUCUGAGCAAGUCUCCCCUCCGCCUCCUACUCCUUCCUCCACCUCCUCUUCUUCCUCCUCAUCCUCCACGUUUACCGGCCGUUUGGGACAACCACCUCGAGGCCCGCUGUCUCUGCAUAGCUACAGUCGCAAAAAUGUCUUCCUCCAACAUUCCCUACAUACUGCCGAACUGCAAGCUCUGACACAGAGAGACAGUUGAGAGCACACAGUCACACUAUUCCACCUAUAAGCAGCCAUAUCAUCAACCUAAGUGACAACAUAGUGACUUAAAAGCAAAACUGCUGCUCCUUCAGUACGAGUUGUCCAUGUUUCACUGCCUCAGUAUCGCCCUGAAUCACGAACCGUGCGCGCUUACAAUCACAUUUGUCUCUCUUUGCAAUCCAGACGAGCCCUUUGCUGACAUUUUGUUCAUAAAUUUGCUCUGAUAAACAAACACUUAGCUACAAGUACACACACACACGCACACACACACACACACACACACAUACACACACACAUCUAGCUCUGAGUAUGAAAAAGGCACUCACCCGUCUGUCAGACCUCCCACGUUGUGUCAUGCUGACAGUUUAGAUGUGCUUACGCCCACAGACACACAAAGUGCACACAAACUCACAACCUCAAAUCCAUGCACACAUACGCAAAUCUUGUCAUGCACACAUUAAAAUACACACUCCUCACACAGAGACAUCAUCUGUGAUAUCUCCGCUUCACUAUCUGCACACAUAACAGGGUGGUGAACGCGAACAGAGAUGAGAUGUGUGCAUUGUUGAGAUUGUAUUUUUUUAUCCAUUUAUCUAACCUUUUUUUUAAAUAGUGAAAACCAUCUGCUGCUUAAGGAACUAUGGGA